CGCGCCUUUGACACAUAACCCUUUCUAAACCAUUUUUCAAUUUCCCUCUCCUCUCUUUCUCCUUCUUCUUCCUCUAAUGGCGGACACUGGCGUAGUCACCGUUUACGGCAAUGGCGUCAUUUGUGAGACUACCAAGAAAUCUCCCUUCUCCGUCAAAGCCGGUUUGGCCCAAAUGCUUCGCGGCGGCGUAAUUAUGGACGUUGUUAAUGCCGAGCAGGCCCGAAUCGCGGAGGAGGCCGGCGCCUGCGCCGUUAUGGCCCUCGAGAGAGUUCCGGCCGAUAUUAGGGCUCAAGGUGGAGUCGCUCGCAUGAGCGAUCCUCAACUGAUCAAGGAAAUCAAGCAGGUUGUCACCAUCCCGGUCAUGGCUAAGGCUCGAAUUGGUCAUUUCGUUGAGGCUCAAAUCCUUGAGGCUAUUGGUGUCGAUUACAUCGAUGAGAGCGAGGUUUUGACUCCGGCAGAUGAUAAGAACCAUAUCAACAAGCACAAUUUUCGGAUCCCGUUCGUGUGCGGAUGUCGAAAUUUAGGGGAAGCGCUACGCCGAAUUCGCGAAGGUGCUGCGAUGAUUCGGACCAAAGGCGAAGCCGGAACUGGAAACGUUGUGGAGGCCGUUCGGCAUGUGAGGUCUGUGAUGGGCGACAUUAGGAUGCUGAGGAAUAUGGACGAUGAUGAAGUUUUCUGUUACGCAAAAGAGAUUGGGGCACCGUAUGAUUUGGUGAUGCAGACCAAGCAGCUCGGGCGGCUACCGGUGGUGCAUUUCGCGGCUGGAGGAAUCGCAACUCCGGCCGAUGCCGCGAUGAUGAUGCAGUUGGGAUGCGACGGAGUAUUCGUCGGCUCGGGCGUGUUCAAGAGCAGCGAUCCGGCGAGGCGAGCUAGGGCAAUCGUUCAAGCCGCUACGCAUUACAGCGAUCCUGAUGUGCUAGCAGAGGUGAGCUCUGGAUUGGGUGAGGCCAUGGCUGGAAUCAACCUCAAUAACGACAAUGUGAAUGUGGAGAGGUAUGCAAAUCGAUCGGAGUAAUUUCAGUUUAUCAUUUUUGGUUUGUGAAUCAGAUAAAAGGCUUGAAGUUGGGUUUCGCUACUAAUCUACCUACCGACAAGGUGAUGAUCUUCAAGAAUUCUGUUGAAAUCUUGAAGGUUUAGCAAUCCUUUUAGCUCCAUAUCAUCUAUUUGACUAAACUUGUUUUUCUCUUUCGUUUGUUGAGUUGAAACCAAUAAAUAUAUUCGUAAUCUGGGUUUUGUCUAAUAAUUAUAUUCCUAUAUGGGUUCUUUUGGCAACUGAUUUAUCCGAUAAUUACUUGUGUUUCA